GGUGCAGAGAUCAAAGACAGUGACAGCAAGAUGGAUGAAGUAACACGGGCAGUUGGAUUGGUGGCUCAGGGCAGAAGAAAUAUCAUCUGUGGGGAAAUUCCAGCCGCUGUCAACCAGUUUCAAGAAGCCUGCAAAAUGUUUGCCAGCCAUUAUGGGGAAACUGCCAAAGAGUGUGCUGAGGCUUAUUUCUACUACGGACAAGCUUUACUCGAGCUGGCCAGGAUGGAAACGGGUGUGCUGGGAAAUGCUCUGCAAGGAGUUGAUGUAGAAGAGGAGAAAGAGGAAGAAGAAAAACCUGAGAAGGAAGGAGUUGAGGGUCCCCCACUAACAGACGAGGAACGUUUCUCUUUACGAGUGGAAGUCGUAGAAGCCAUGGCUGAAGAAAAGAAGGAUAAAGCCGAGGAGAAUGGGGACGGAACAUCCACUGACAAGAAGGAAUCCAAGGAAUCCAAGGAAAAUGGAGAUAAAAAAUCAACCACCGAGAUAAAAAAUGAGGUGGAAAAGUCUAUCGGUAAGGAAAGUGACUCGACACAAGAUAAAAUGGAAACUGAUGAAGAAGUAAUGGAGAGGAAAGAAAAAGAUGAAAAAGAGUCUUCUAAAGAUGAAAAAUUAAAAGAUAAGCCUGAUGAAGAGGUGUUGAGUAGUGAAAAUAAAGAGGAGGCUAAAAAUGUUGAAGCAAAACAGAAAAAUGCAGAUGAAAGCAAGGUGGAAGACGCUAAAUUGGUGGAUAAAAAGUCAGAUGACACGUCCAAGAUUUUGAUAGCAAAACGUAAAGAUGAGAAGGCUGAAACUGUGGUAGAAAAUUCAAAGGAAAGUACGACUGUAAAAAACAACUCUGAAGAACCAGAUAAUAAAACGACUGACAUGGCAGUGGAUAAAUCAAAACAUGAAACUGAAGCUGAAACGGGUAAAUUGAAAGAAAAAGAAAGCAAGAAAGAUGAGGAAGUGAUGGAUAACCCGAGGAAGAUUGUGAAAAGAAAUCUGUUGAGGAAGAAAGUACAGAAGCCAAAGCUGACAACGCCAAGCCAGUGGAUCCAGAAAAAGAGACUGGUGAGAAAAGUGACAAAGAACCAGAAACCAGUCAGGAGGAGGAGGAGGGAGGAGGAGGGUGAGGAGGAAGGGGAGGAAGGGGAGGAAACUGCAGAGGAUGAAGAAGGGGAAGUAACCGGUGACAAAAAAGAUGAAGAAGAUGAGGAUGCAGAUGAUGUUCCAAAUCUACAACUAGCCUGGGAAAUGCUUGAGUUGUCAAAGAUGAUAUAUAUCAAAGAGGAAGAUAAGGAAUCCAAACUAAAGUUAGCACAGUCAUAUCUUAAACUCGGAGAAGUUAGUUUGGAAACAGAAAACUAUGAGCAGUCGGUGGCAGACUUCAAAGAAUGUCUAACAUUACAAGAGAAAUACUUGGAACCUACAGACAGAUUACUGGCAGAAACACAUUAUCAGCUAGGUCUAGCAUAUGGAUUUGACAAACAGUUUGAUUGUGCCAUAGAACAUUACAAGGCUGCUGUUAAUGUUAUAGAAUCCAAAAUUGAACAAUUAACUAAAUUGAUCGAAGAAAAAUCAACUACAAAAGGGAAAGAGCUUGCAACACCUGAUGACCCUGUGUCAAAUGCCGCACAAGAAAUCAAAGAAUUUAAAGAAAUAUUGCCUGACAUCGUAUCUAAGGUGGAGGAUUCCGAAGAAGAGAAAAAGAACCAUGACCAACUGAAGAAGAUGGCCAAGGAAGCUAUGGGUGGAGUAUUUCCACAGUCUGGUGCCAGUUCUGGUGAUACUGCAGCCAGGAUACCAAAGACAGAAGUAAAAGCCCUGGAUGUUAACCUGAUCAGAAGAAAGAGGAAACCUGAGGAGGAUGGUGUCGAAGAUGGCGAUUCCAAGAAGUCGAAGCAGGAGAAUGGAUCUGGAGAUGUGAAGAAAAUCAAAGAGAAUGGUCCCAGUGAGGAAAAGAUUGACAGCAAGGUUCAAUCUUCAAACAUCCCUGAACCAAUGGCGACAUCUUGAAAGAGGACUGAUACUAAUUACAAUUCCGAUCUCCUUCCCAACUGCCUGUAUACUUGACCCGACAUUUCAAUGGAGGACUCCUAAUAUUUGAUCACUCACAAAGUUCUUACGUGUACAUCGACCCGACAUUCUAAUGUAGGACUCAAAUAGUUGAUCACUCACAAAGUUCUUACGUGUACAUUGACCUAACAUUCUAAUGAGGACUUCCGAUAAUUGAUCAUUCACAAAGUUCUUUCAUGCACAUGAAAUCUCCAUUGUACUGUCUUUGAUGCUGCAUUAAAAUCGGCCCUUUUGUCAAAAAAAAAAAAAAAAAAAAAAAAAUAGAGAUACCUAAUAAUGUGGGAUUUCAAACAAGAUGAAUAUAGCAUUUUAAAACAGUAAC